UCUUCACAUCAGAACCCUACCUUAAACCCCUUCUUCCUCCCCUUCGAUCGAUCGCUUCUCCUCCGUUAUUUGAAUCCUCGAUCCGCUGGGAUUGGCCAUGGACGACGGCACCUUCGGCUGCCCCUUCUGCACCGGCGAGAAGAAGCAGGACUACCAGUUCGAGGAUCUCCUCCACCACGCCACCGGCAUUGGAGCCUCGAACUCCCGCAAGGUGUUCCACAAUACUCGCCACCGCGCCUUCGGCCGUUUCCUCCAGCUCGACCUCGCCCCCUCCAUCGUCCUCCCCUCGGCAGAUCUUGAAGCCGCGGUUACCGCGGCGGCCGCCGCCGAAUCGGAGCCUCCUCCCGAAGAGGAGCUGUUCGUCUGGCCUUGGAUGGCUGUCCUUGUCAAUGCCGAUUCGUCCAAUGAAGUCAACUCACUCACUGACCUUGGAGAUGCCAACUCACUCGCUGACCAGCUCGCAGACUUCCAUCCCGCUGACACUGUCUUCUUGCAUUUGGAGGAUGAUAAAGGAGGAAGAUCUUCCAGCACGACUGUGAUUGUUAAGUUCCAACAAAGCUGGGACGGGUUUAAGAAUGCCAUAGAUUUUGAGAGUCACUUUAAGUCCAACCGACGUGGUUGGAGAGAAUGGAUUGAGCUGCAGGGUGAUGUCUCCAGCACAUUGUAUGGAUGGAUUGCCCGCUCUGAUGACUACAAUGAAGACAGCUACAUUGGGCGGUACCUGAGGAAGCAUGGCGAACUAAAGACCGUAAUGCAGGCCAUUAAAGAGGAGAUCAAGGAGAUUUUCAAUCUUGUCUCCAAUCUUACAAAUGAAACUGUUGUUAAACAUCAGCACUUGCAUGACUUGGCGGUGAGAUACGAGAAAACUUUUCUCGUCUUCCUCCAACUGAUGUAUGGGAAAGUCAAGCCUCAUCAAGCUUAUAAUGAUGUUACCACCGCCGCUGUCCCCUCCGCCCCUCGCUCUUCACCUCCCUUGUCCUCCCCUACCGCCGCCGCCUCCACCUCCACCACCUACUCGGAGCCUCCCCCCGAAGACGGAGAGGAGUUGUUCGUCUCGCCUUGGAUGGCUGUCCUUGUCAAUGCCAAUCCGUCAGAUGCAGAUGGGGACACCAACUCACUCGCUGACCAGCUUGCGGACUUCCAUCCCGCCGACACCAUCUUCUUGCAUUUGGAGGAUGAGAAAGGAGGAAGAUCUACCAGCACGACCGUGAUUGUUAAGUUCCAACACAGCUGGGGCGGGUUUGAGAAUGCCAUGUGUUUUGAGAAACACUUCAAGGCAAGCCGACAUGGUAGGAAAGAAUGGAUUGAACUUCAGGGUGAUGUCUCCAGCACAUUGCACGGAUGGAUAGCCCACUCUGAUGACUACAAUGAAGACAGCGGCAUUGGUUGGUAUCUGAGGAAACAUAGUGAACUAAAGACCAUAAAGCAGGUUAGUGAAGAGGAGAACAAGGAGAAAGGUAAGCUUGUCUCUGAUCUAUCAUACCAAAUCAAUGUUAAAAAUCAGCAGUUGCAUGACUGGGAGGUGAGGAACAACAAAAUUAAUCUCAUCAUCCACCAACUGAUGUAUGAGAAAGACAAGCUUCAUCGAGCUUAUAAUGAUGAAAUGGGAAACUUACAGCGCACUGCAAGAGAUACUACUCGCAAGAUUUUUGAGGAGAAUGAAAAGCUGAAGGCAGAGUUGGAGUUGACGAGAAAGGAAGUUGAAUCACAGUCCAAAAAACUGGAAGCUCAAAAUGAGGAUAGAAGAAAGAAACUUGACGAUGAAAAGCAAAAGGUUGAAGUAGCAGCAAUGCUUCAAAAAGAAACAGAGGAAGAAGUCUUGAGACUCAUAGAGAAGCAGAAGAAGGAAAAAGAAGCUGCUCUUGCAAGAGUUCUUCAAUUAGAGAAGGAAAUUGACCAUAAACAACAACUGGAGUUAGAAAUAGAAAACUUGCAAUGGAACUUAAAAAUGGAACAAAAGUUGGAAAGAGAAAGAGAAGAAUUGGAGUCCUUGAAUAAUACUCUCAUAAAGAAAGAACGAGAAAGCAAUGAUGAGUUGCAGGCUGCUCGGAAAGAGUUGCUUACGGGUUUGGAGGAUUUACUUACUGGCCAUACAUUGAUUGGGAUCAAAAGAAUGGGUGAACUUGAUGUGAAGGCCUUUCAGAAUGUUGCCAGGAAAAAAUUCAAGUCCGAAGAGGCUGACAUCAAAGCUGCUGAAUUAUGUUCUAGCUGGCAAGAAGAAAUGAAGAAUCCAUCAUGGCAUCCGUUUAAGAUAGUUGUCACGAAUGGGAAGGAGGAAGAAUUCCUCGUCGAGGACGACCCAAAGCUAAAAAAACUAUGGAUCGAGUAUGGAGACGAUGUAUGCAAUGCAGUGAAAACAGCUCUACAAGAACUGAACGAAUAUUGCCCCACCGGAAAAUACGUGGUACCAGAGCUCUGGAACUUCAAGGUUGGACGAAAGGCAACGAUGAAGGAGAUAGUGCGGUGCAUUAUGAAACACUGGAAGUCUUCAAUGCGUACAAGAUGAGGAGACCAAGCGUUGACUAAGGCUAUCAUAUUUAUAAUAUAAACCAGAUCAAUUAGCCGGCAAGUUUGCAUCUAUUAGCCAAGUCAAACUCUUCAGAAAUCAUCUCUGGUCUUCUGUUUUUGUGAUGCUUCUAACAAGAGGUGUUUGUAUUUUCUGGAGGCCAAGGUAAUUUCUUUUUGACACUGCAAGUUGUAAAUCUUCAAAUAGGCUAUUUGAUGUACAGAUCCUUUGUAA